UGCUUUCACUGUCUUUUUAGCAGAACUUGAUUUCACCAAGUGCAACAUGUUCCUCGAUCAACAUCUUUGUUGAUCCUGGGACAACAUUCCAAUCAACCAGAUUUGAGGGGCAAGUUUACAGUUUCUGUCAAGUUUAGGCUUACAGUCAGGAUUUGGUUUCCUCUCUGAUUUUAGGGAUAAGUUAUGGGUAGGGUUUGGUUUUGGGGUAGGGAUAUGGUUUUUCAGACAGGAAUGUUGUUCUAGGAUCAACAAAAUAUGUUGACCCAUGAACGUUUCUAACUGUCCAAAAUCAGCAAAAUUGGCAUGUUCACUCAUUUAUGUAUCGGUUUGCUGUUUGAAGAGUCCGCAACCAAAUGUAGGUGCCAAAUCUUUGAUGCCUUCUGCCAGCUGUUUUCCCUUUCUUCUAUUCUUCUACCUGGUGCUCCGUCCUAGUCAAUGGUUUCUGCACCCUCAUCAGAACCAUCCGGGCUCAACCGAUCUGUGCGUCUGUCAAAAUCCUUUGGAAAUCAGUCACUCAAUUCCUGUGUGAUAUUCUUGUGGUUACCCUCGGAUGCCUUUACAAUGUCUAACUAAAUGUCCUUAACUAACCAAAACCAGGAGUUGCCUGGUUCUCCAUAAUUACAUUUAAAAUGCAAGAUUUAAUCAAACUUUAGUCUACUUGUUUAUUAUUUAACAAUGAAACAUUUAUGAAACAUUUAGCAGAAUAAGAACAAAACCAAGAAUUUGAAACAUCAUAGUUUAAGUUUAUAAAUGUUCCAGAAAAAAAAAAAAAGAAAAAAGUCCUUAGCUACAUUUGAUGCUUUAUACAUGCAAUAAAUUAAUAAAAAAAAAAAAAAGAAGAAGAUGGUAACAAUUACUAACUUGCUUCAGUUAAUAAAAAAUAAUUCAUAUAUAUGUAUAAACAAAGAUUUGUGUUGUUGUUAUGUUGUAGAACUAGGUGUCCAACUUUGAAAUAAGAUAUAAAAGUGUCCCAGUUUGCCAGCAAGGCUCAGAAAGUUUGUGUGUGCACUUUAAUAUUUUGUAUUUUUUAUUUAAUAUUUCCUUUUUUAUCUGUAUAGUGUAGUAAGAUGUUUUAACAAAUCUUCUGUGAGAGGCUAUGGCAUAUUGAAGACAGUGACAGAAUGAUCAGAAUGUGUCCGACAUUAUAUUUUUAGCUAGAUUAUUGUCACGUCUGAUCUGUGUUGGUGUUUUAUUUGAGUUGGACUUUGAGUUAGUUUUGCACUGUUCUUAGUUCAGUUUUCUGUGUUUUCUUUGUUCAAGCUCUUCUGUUGCAAUGUUUUUUGAUUUGCCCUCAUGUGUUCCACCUGUGUCUUGUCAAUUGUCUUGUUUAGUCCUAGGUUCUGUUUGAAAUCGCCCCCAUACCCAUUUACUAUUCUCUACAUUAGUCCACUAAUAUAGUUCACUUGUGAGUGAAUUAAAGUUGCGUUUACGCCAUAUCGUAAUUGUAACUACAAGAUUCUGGCUUGUAAAAAGAGUUCACGUCCUUGUAGAGCUCUUAAUUACAGUUUGUAAGCUAGGUGUUUUCUGAAAGCUCCCACAUGUACCACAUGGCCGCUGUACCACCUGACCGCUGUAGAUUCAUUUAGGCAUUGAUAGUGGUGCCAUAGAAACGCAUAAUUCCAAGUCCGAGGACGUGAACAGCUCCGAAUAUAACGCCACGUGUUGUCAUCUCAAGAUUACAGUAAUUACGCAGUGACAUGAAUGCAGCAUCAGACACUGAGUGCACCGGAAGGGCCUAGUUUGUGCUUGCAGUUUAAUAAUCAUUUGCAACUUAGCAAACUGGCAGCUCCAGUAGUAAGAUGAAAAGAUUUAUCUUGAACUCUGUCAUGGAAACUAUGUAUAAACCUUAAUUAAACAAUUUAAUAAUCAAUUGAAAAGGAAUUUAUACCUGUAAGAUAUUACGCUGUACCCACAUUGGUCCAGCGGUUUGGAAAAUGGAUGCUUGGAUAAUUCAGCUGCAUGGGCCAUCUUCUGGUCAGAUGCAGGAAUUCAUUUGGCGUGUGACUCUCAGAGUGCAUUAUGGGUAUUCUCUAGCCAUGGAGCAUACAUCGGUUGUACACUCGUUAUUGUGGUAUAUUAUGGGAUUGAAUGAGUGCACUUGAUAACAUCCACUAUGGUUUCGGACACCACUACAAAUGGCUGUUCCCUCAAAGGGGGUUGAUUUCAGACACAGCCCCAGUGUGUCGUGGUGUAUUUAUACAGUAGCCCCGUUUUUGGUUCAGUCUUUGUCUGAUUUUGUCUUUAUUACUGUGGUUGUUCUGUUUAUUGUGGUUUUGUUUCCUUAGUAUCUGAGAUGUUUGUACCUGAGUUUAUUUUGAUAAAAAAAACUGAUCCAGCUAAUUUAUUUUCUGUUUUUUAUUCAACCCCUCUGUGACAACUAUAUGUUUUGCUUCUAUUUCUCUUCUAUAAUUGUCUUUUGUCUCCUAUCUGCUAAGCAUUUGGGGGAAAAAUGAAGAAUUUCACUGUAUACACUAUCAGAAAAUACAGCUGAAAUAAUGUCAGUUUCCACGUUUAAUGCUAAAUAGCUAUAAAAAGACAAAAUGGACAUAAAUCAAUUUGUUUUAAAAAAAUUUGACAAGAUCUGUACAAAAAGUAAGACACUGAAGUUACAAUAAAAAUGUUGGUUUGAUUUGCCAAAUUCAACAGUGAAUUAACUUUGAUCCAUGAUGUUGAUUUACUACCUGUGAAUAAUGUUUACUUGAUAGUAAAGUAUAGAAUAGUGUAAUAGCCUAUUUAUUAUAGUAACAUUUUCUAUGUCAAUGUAAACUCUACUUAUAUUAGUUGUAUCUUGAAAGGAGCAUAUGAACAGGAGCGUCAGUGUUUCAGAGAGAGGUGCAGAGUCACGCACUUUGCCCUAUGCAUGUAUCUAUUGUUGUGUGCUGCUUGCUCAGCCGUUCUCUCUUCUGUUGUUAUGCCACAACAAAUGGCAUUGCUCUUCUACAACUAAAUACCCUGUAUACAACUCUAUGCAAUCCUUUGGAAACACUUUAUGCUUUUGGAAACUCAAUUUCCUUUUUCCGCCCCCAAAACUCUAAAUCUGGCCUCUUCUUUUGGAGUAACCAACUUCAUGAGUGAGUUUGAGCAGCCGAAUGAUGAAAUGUCUAAAGGACAGGUCUGGUCUCCUGGAUUAGGGACUUGUGAACCGAUCAUUAAGGUCAUGACAGCCGUCCCGAGAGUUUGAUUGUAUGACAGCUGUUGACAGAAAGGAUUGUUUUUAAAAAAAAAUAAAAAUAAAAAUACUGGAGAAAGUCUUCUCUUACUGAACAAUCUGUGAUGUCUGAGAAACAAUCAGGUAAGCAUCCAAUCUUAUUUAAUUUAAUUUAUUUAUUUAUUUUUUUUUUUCUUUUGAGCAUGAGUUUGACCAGAGUAAUAUUCUUAAUGUUCACACUGAUAAUGUGACCUUGCUGUUUCAUAAUCUAAUUCAUAAUAUGGUGUUGAAAUCAUUGUGAUAUUAUGCUUUGCUCCAUGGCAUUGUUCUUGCUAUGUUGAUCAUUAUCAUUUAUUAUUUUAUCGUGAUCAUAACAGUUAUAGGAUUAGUGGCUGGUUUGGAUCCAGAGGAAGAGGUGACAGAUGUCGUAUGUGAUGAGUCAGAACUCAGAGAUGGAGAAAUGAUGGAGGUUGAGGUUGGUGACCACAAUGUUUUGCUGGUACGCUGUGAUGGGGUGUACAGUGCCAUCAGUAACCAAUGCACACAUUAUGGUGCUCCACUGAGCAAAGGGGUGCUAUCAGGUCACAGGGUCCGCUGUCCCUGGCAUGGUUCCUGUUUCAAUGUGAAGACCGGUGACUUGGAGGAGUAUCCUGGAAUUGACUGUCUGCCCUGCCACAAGGUGAAAGUCGAAAACAACAAAGUUUAUGUGUCUGUUAAGAAAAGGAUUCAGGGUCAGCCUAAACGUAUAAAAUGGAUGGGAGCCAGAGAUCAAGGGGUGUUACAUACUGUGAUGCUCCUAGGAGGAGGCGCAGCCUCUUUGAUGUGUGCGGAGACACUACGGCAAGAAAACUAUGGCGGCAGGAUUAUUAUGGUAUCUAGAGAUGACCUCCUUCCUUAUGACAAAACCAGACUCAGCAAGGUAAUGAAUGCUGAGAGCGAAAGUCUCUUAAUGAGAAGAAUGGACUUUUACCACAAGUAUGAUAUUGAGGUCUGGCUGAAAAAAGAGGCUUUAUCGAUAGAUACAAACAAGAAAACAGUGACAUUUGAUGAUGGUUUAACCCAGUGCUAUGACCAAAUCCUUAUUGCAACAGGAUGCAGAGCAAAAUCCCUAGACUGCCCUGGUGCAGGCCUGGAAAACGUGCUGAUGCUGGAAACACCAGAGGAUGCCAGGAGCAUCCACUACGCCUGUAUGGGCUGCAGGACAGUCGUCGUGGGCACUUCCUUCGUUGGCAUGGAAGUGGCGGCCUACAUGAUAGAUAUGGCCAGUAGUAUCACAAUCAUUGGAAGCAGUGAACUCCCUUAUCAGAGGACUUUGGGCCGUGAAAUAGGAAAGGUCACCAUGAUGAUGCUGGAAGAGAGAGGGGUGACGUUCUACAUGAAUGAUGCUGUCGCAGAGGUUCAAGGCGAAAACAACAGGGUUAAGGCAGUGAAACUGAAGAGUGGUAUCACAAUAGAAGCUGAUCUGUUAAUUGUUGGAAUUGGUGUCAAUCCCAAUUCAGAGUUUUUGAAAGGGAGUCCAAUAAGGAUGGACUCGAAAAACUAUGUCAUUGUGGAUGAGUACAUGAGGACCAACAUAACAGACAUCUACUGUGCAGGAGAUCUGUCCUACUUUCCUCUCAAAAUGGCAAAAGGCCAAAGAGUGACCAUCGGCCACUGGCAGAUAGCGCAGGCUCAUGGAAGGAUCGCAGCCUUCAGCAUGUUGCGCAGGGAGGUGGAGCUAAACACAGUGCCAUUCUAUUGGACCGUCCUGCUGGGGAGAACCAUUCGUUACACGGGGUAUGGGGAGGGAUACACCGAGAUGGUGCUGAAAGGGAAAUUUGAGAACAUGAAGUUUUUGGCACUUUACCUCAAGAAUGAUGAGGUGGUAGCUGCAGCAGGAUUGAAUGUUGAACCGGCUGUCUCUGUGGUGGCAGAAAGGUUGGCAGAAGGAAGAGUGAUUACAAAGGCAGAAGCAGAGUCAGAUGACCUUAGCUGGCUGAAGCUGCAGCCCAUGUGACCACUGACAGCAGUUUGAACUCCGAAUGAUCAGAAUUCAGCCAUUCUGUCCACAGUCCAUCCCAUCCAAUCAUGCCUUUACUCAGAAGAUGUUUUUGUAACAUUUACAAAGGCCAGUAUAUUACAGUAUGUCUCUUAAAAAGCUUUCUACACAGCUCACAGAGAGUUUUAUCAUUUUAAUGAUAAAUUUUAACAUGAAUAUUUAGAGAGGAGACCCACUACCCAUGCGCGAAUAAGAGAAGAAAACAAGCUUUUAUUCUGUUCUUGCUGCAGUUCUCUGAGCUUCCAAAGAAAUUUGAGAGUUUGCUGGUUAGCUCAGGUUCAGAUGCAUUUUUUUUUUUUUUUUUAAAUAUUGAAUAUGAAUACAAUGCUUCAAUCAUAUAUGUAUCCUAAUCAUUAUUAUUUAUUAAGAUAACUUUUGGGAAUGAGCUUAUGAUGUUUUUGUAAAUAGCAUCAGGUUUGUAUAGUAUUUACUCAAUGUUUAAAAGAAAAAGUAGAGUAAUUAAUCAAUUAUUAAGUACUGUCACUCUGGCAUACUGAGUGCUUGAUAGAUCUAGGUGGCGUAGUUGGUCUUCAAGCUGUGAAAUGGAGCAUGGGUAGUGGAAAAAUAGACAAUCACUGAGUGCACAUCCAAUCAUAGCGCUUAGGAGGAUUAGAUGAACACAGAGCCAUGGAUGCUGAAUGUGAUGGUGGUCACAAAAGGGGGAGCAUAUAUAAUAGAACUGGACAAACAUGUUACAAAAGGGCUUAUUACAAAAGAAAUGCUGAGUUGCUCUCUUAAAUCGCCUUAUUCUCUCUCUUCUGCCACGCAACCCAGUUUUCAUUCCAAAAUCGUCAUAAUUCACUUCUGUUCUUAUCAGCAAGAUUUUGUGCAGAGAUAUAUGGGUCAUAUACGACAGUCCAAAUCUGGAGGUGAUAUGUGGGCCAUGAAAUAGGGCUGAGACCUAAAGAAGCUAAAAUCCCUUUAUAAAGUACACUAAAUGGUGAAAAUUUAACUAUAACAUUUUCCAUAAACAAUUAGUUAGUUAGGGUGGACUGCCUGUAGUUUUUAUAUAAACACACACACACACACUGGCUUCCAUGUUUUAUGGGGACUUCCCAUAGAUGUGAUGAUUUUUAUACUGUGCAAAUGUAUAUUCUAUCCCCCUACACUACCCUACCCCUAAACCCACCCAUCACAGAAAACUUUCUGAAUUUUUAGAUUUUUAAAACACUUCAUUUAGUAUGAUUCAUAAGCUGUUUUCCUCAUGGGGACCAACAAAUGUCCCCAUAAGGUCACAAUUGACUGGUAUCAUUAUCCUUAUGGGGGCAUUUGGUCCCUAUAACAUAGGGAAUACCAGGUACACACACACACACACACACACACACACACAUUUUUAUUGCUAUUACUGAGGGGGAGCAGUGAUCCACAAAAUGCACAAUAGAAAGGUGAGAGCUUUGCUAUACUUGACAUUUUGUCAUUCUGUACAGACUGAUAUUGCUGUUAAGUACAAUAUCGCUUUUAUUGUUAUGACUUCCAUGUUGGUCCAGUUGUUCUAUCAGGAAGCAUGUUGCAGUACUAAUGCAUUAUUAAUGACAUACAAAUAAAGGAGCCCUUUAAGAGGUCCAGUUUCCUUACCCACUACAAGAUGUGAACACAGGAUGGCAACCAUAUUUUACAGUUUCAGUUUAUAAUGUUAUCAUCACCGUUUUAAAUACAGCAUAGUAAGGAAUGAAUUGUUUGAAUGUACAAAUGAGUCACCAUUAUAAUAGUCAGAAGACAGUCACACACAAGGUUAUUUAUACUGUAUAAGAACAAACAUUACAAUGUGCUGCAAAACAAGUGUAUCAUUUGCACUAGUUGGGCAGUUUUAGUCACUGUUACUCAUUCAUGGUCUUGUUUUUUUUACUGAGUUAAAAAAUACAGCACAUGUUUGUCAUGCUCAUAAACAUCUGUAACCCCUAAAAAGCAAUAAAUUAUUAUGUUUUUCUGGUUUGGA